AUGUUGGCGAUUAUCUUUGUUGUUGUCUUUGUAGUAGAGGCUGCAUUGAUCAUCCUUGGAAACGCCUUCACCAUCUUUGUUUUCUCAACUCCGACUCGGACAUCGCAUAUAAGAAGAACUUGCUAUCUCUUGAUAAAUCUCGCCGUUGCUGACUUACUUGUGGGUAUUACAGAGCCCAUAAUUCUGGGGAUGGAAAAGUACCAUCAGAUGACGGCGACAACGUCAAAUCCGAGGGGAAUUAACGAAACAAACCCACUGAGGGGAAAACGAGAAAAUGGUCUACCACGAGCAAUGCAACUUUUUGCAUCAAGUGCAUCGGUGUUUUUUCUCGCUCUGAUUUCCCUCGAGCGCGCUUUUGCCGUGUUGAAACCGUUGCGUCAUCGUGUUGUUAGCACUCGCGUUUACAUCUACAGUAUUGUCGUCGUAUGGGCUGUAGGAAUUUUCAUAUUUGGUCUGAUGGCUCUUUCCUUUUAUUACCCAAAGCUGGAGAAGGAGACUGUUCAUGUUGUUGCACAUUGUUGCCUUUUUAUCUGUUUUGUGAUGAUUUGUGCGAGCUACCUCAAAAUACGAACACGAUUGAGCAGCACUGCACCCGAAGUAGCCGUUGUCAACCGCCGUCAAACUGCUGAGUAUAACUUACGACUUUCAAGGACUCUCUUCGUGGUGAUCGCUUUGUCGCUUCUGUUUUGGCUGCCAGCGUUUGCUGUUUACAUAGGUAGGGACAUCUGCAAGAGGUGUUUUCACCCAUACGUGAUAUGGACGGUCAAUGUUUUCCAUCUUGCCAAUUCUUUGGUUAAUCCAUUCGUGUACAGCUUUAGGAUGCCGGUAUUCAAAGAAGCCUUGGAGAAAUUGUCGAGAAGACAAAGGAACUUUAUCCGAACAAGAAAUAUCCAGGCUACAAGUCUGGCUUUGAGUCCAUCUUUUACUCCAAGGAUGAAUCACACCGGUUUCUCGGCUGCUGCAACAUGUGGGGGUUCUCAGUUAAAGCUCUUUACGGAAAGUGGAGAUCAGCUUAUUACAGCGAGUUCACCGAAGCUUCCACCUGCAGUCAGCGCUGCUUGCAAUGGCGCAAGACAAGCAACUACUUAAUAAUUCCUUCCAACAAAGUACCUUCUCUGGCCCAUGGAAAUUGGCGGAAGUCGUCCCUAUACCUAAAGGGGGAUACCCAGAGGUACCAGCUAUUAAGAGACCAAUUUCACUAUUGCCUAUCUUGUCAAAGGUAAUUGAGAGGCUUACAGAAGAAAUAACAAAUUGUCAGUUCAUCAAACUGGCAAAAAGAAAUGUAUACAUUUCUACAGAAACUUCCCUAGCAUAUGUCACUCAUCAACUUUUGAAAGCAGUUGUAUCGUUAGUAGUAUUAUUGGAUAUGUAAAAAGCAUUUGAUAGUCUUGAUCACAACUAUCGUCUUACUAAGUUGCGCAGAUAUGGCCUGAUGUAGCCAACCGUUCCCUGGUUUUUUAGCUAUCUAUCAUUUAGAAAGCAGAGGGUCGAAGGGGUUCGCUACAAAGAUUUCAUCUCAGAAAUACUUCCCAUAUAACAUAGGGUACCCCAGGGCUCAAUUCUGGGUCCAAUUUUAUCCACCAUCUAUUUUGGUGAUCUUGUUAAUGAAAUUAGCGCUAGUCAAGCCAAAACGUAUGUUGAUAAUUGUCUAAUGUUUUUCAAGUUUAAGGUAUCAGAUUCAGCUAAUGCCAUCUCAGCUGCGAACAAUGAUUUAACUGGUAUUAGUGAAUGGUGCCCUCAUCAUUCGUUUCUUAUCAAUCCCCAAGGUUAUUAGUCGUUGUAAGUUUACCCCAACUCACCAGUCAGUUACCUGCUAUAUCGCUUAUAGUACUAGGUAAAACUAUCUCCCCGGUUCUAGUUCGCAACGGAUUUUGGGCUAUACUUAGAUCAAAGUGUCAAUUAUAGCAUCCAUAUAACUCAGACAAGUUCCGCUUGUUUUCAUCCGUUGGUAAAGGUAAAUAGAAUUAAGCACCUCUCGGACAGAAAGUCACUCAUAUUACUUGUAACUAGCUUUGUCUUUAGCAAGUUAGUUUAUUGUUCCUUUGUAUAGGGAAACACAGUUAAAUCAAACAUGCAUAAGCUGCAAUUAGUGCAGAAUUUCGCUGCUAGGAUUGUUUUAUGAAAGAAAUUUGACCAUAUUUCAGAGGGUCGUAGAUCUCUGUAAUGGCUGUAUGUUUCCGAGAGGAUUUUAUUCAAUGAUUUAGUUUUAGUAUUUUAAUGUCUAAAUGGUCUAGCACUAAGUUAAUUCACGGUGGGCACGUGUGACAUCUAAAACGCUCACCUGAAAAAUCCACUUGAAAAUUUGCAACAAUAUAGAGCUCACAAUUCCCUAAAAUCGUAUGUUUUUUGUUUUUCAGAUUUUGGCAUUUUUGGCCGGAAAAUGACGUCACAAAGUUUCCGCCAAAUUUUGUUUUUAGUAUUUUAGGAUAUAUAAUGAUGGGUUCUGAAAGAACUUACCACAAGGUUAUCAAAAGUGAAAAAUGUUUUGAAAUAUGCCUAUCCACUCAAAAGAUAUAGCGUUUUGAAAUUUGAAUUUCCCGCCAUUUUUUUACUAUUUUUAGUAACGACAUGGCGGAAAAUUGGCUGGCGCGACCUUUAUCAGCCGUGAGAAGCAGAAUAGUGUUAUCCUCCUUGAGGGCUUGUUUCUUGUCUUUAGUUACGUUAGUCUUAGGUGGCCGUGCCUUUUGGAGAAGAUUAUUUUAAUAAUCUUCUGUUAAAACUGUUAAAACAGUUCUCCUGACUGAGUUAGCUUGUUCUGUGUGAAGUGGUCUUAUAGCAGACUCGACUUUGGCAACUAUCUCAGUGGCUGGGAUACUAGUUGGAGUUAAUGCGAAAUUUAACCUUUCUGCAGUAGCGCAACCUCAGUGUCGCUUAAGGACCUUGAGGAUAAACUGAUAACCGAUUUGUUCUUGUCAAUACAAGGUGUAUCAGUCGGCGAAGCAGAGGACAUUGUCGGUCUUUGGUCUUAUUAAAGACUCGCUCGGUGUUGCAACUGAUCUUUUCAAGUAUAUCCUUGGACGAAAGAGCAGAUGUCAUGAGCUCCGUUUACUGGGCCAAAUGAAAACAACUGGGUGUGGAAGAAAAUGGCUAUGAGCCUGUGCUCAUUGCCUCUUUAUUCAAAUAUGCAUUUUCAACAAACUGUUCGAAACAUUAUCUGGCCCAGUAAAUGUGAGGGCACAGAAAACGCAAACAACAAAACGAAGAACAUUAAGCUACAUAGUCAAGAAAUGUGGCAGAAAAAACACGUCUUAAAGGGGCUAUGUCACCCAACACGCAUGCGCGAGCCAAUGAAAACAAAUUUGAAAAAGACGGCCCAACUUUUUCAAGUUGUGUCGGAGAUUGUGGAAGGCUGUUUUUAUCUGUCUAAAUCUCAGCCAUCGUUCGAUAGUUAGCGAAGUUUGUAUUAAGAAUCGUUCUAUGGUGAUUACAGAACAAUUUUUUGGCGUUAUUUUAAAAUUGUUUGCCUGUGGAAUGUUUUUACGUGGAUUUGCUGUGUCCUCUUAUCAGCGGGCGUUGUAAUGGCAGAGUUAAUGACGGCUACACCACAAUGAGUGAUGGAAUCUUUGAUGGAAGUUUUCCCUAUAGUUCACAGGACCUUUCUAUUGCUGGCUCUUGGAUUUUUCUUGUGCUCAAAGUAUGUGGACAUAUAAUGAAGCGGCUAUCGAGUUGGCGGUGGCCGUCUUUUGUAAACGAUUACAAGAGCAUCAGGCCAUGAGUUUCGUGACCAAACUAAACUCCUGGCGAAGGAAACAUUCUAAAAUUCGGCUAGAUUCCUUCUUGUAUUUAUCUCGAUUCACGGCAAAGAUAAACAAGACCGUUUGCUCGUCCAGAUUGUUCUCAACGGACUUAGAGAGGCACCUUAGUACGGGUUAGAUCCUGUAAAUGCCAUGUUUUUGAACUGUUUGUGUUCGAGCAUAAUUUUGGAAAAUAGCAGAGUUUACUUUCCCUUUUUAUCAACGGACUGCUUAUAGUGGAGUAGUAUACCAAUGAUGCUGGGUUCUGUUUUUCUCGACGUCGCAGUGAUUCGGCACGAUCGAACAAUUUUGCGCGAUAAUGUAUGUUUCCCUAAGAUCAAAACAAAGACUUGCUCUAUUGUUCUAUCAGCAUCUAAAUUAUAAAAUCAAUAGCGACAGACAAGUCUAAUUGUUAAUGAUUUGAAACAGUCUUGGUCUUUAUCUUCGGUCUAGCGUCUUUUGUAGCUCGUUUAUAAAAUACAACUUCCAUUUAUUUUGUUGAAUAAGACAAUAUGUUGUUGUUGAAUUUUUGUUUGCGCUCUAUUUUAUGAAUGGCAUGCGUUUUUACUUCAAAACUACAAGUAAAAUUGUCGUCACAAUUUUAUUCUUGAUCUAGCAUAACCAGAGAAGAAACGUUCCAUAAAUUCUAUCGAAAUAUCCCUGAUCUAAACUCAUUUCGCUUGUUAACCUCUCUAAAUUCGGAACCUUGGACGUGACAGAGAACAUGAAGAAAGUCACGCGUUUAAAACAAUAGAAUUUUGACAGUUGAAAGUAAUUUGCAUAACCUCAGAGCGCACAUGGAGAAAGUCACGCGUUAAAAACAAUAGAACUUUGACAGUUGAAAGUAAUUUGCAUAACCUCAGAGCGCAUGCUCUCCAGCUGACAUAGCCCCUUUAAUCCCCUGCUGAACCGAGACGAAUGACUCAUACAGGAACGUGUUGAACAUAUGAUGAAUGCUAAACUGCAGAGGGGGGAUAUCCUAACAUAAUUACCUGCUCCCCACGCCCAGACCAACUGGGAAUACUUUAGUAAUUACAAUAGGAGGCAAAAAGGCAUAAAAAUCCUAUUUGCAAGCAAAUAUUUCCUUUUUUGUAGUGAGCUCUGCAGCUGUUUUCGCAUCUCCCUCAGUUCUCUGAGUCAAACGUAUUCUUUCUCGUAGCAACCUAAAGAAUGCUAGUUCGGCUACUCUGCGAGCGCCUUUAGUCGGUAUUAGUGACCGGACCCGAAAGUCUCUUGGAACAAUGCGGUUCUUAACAGACCUUAUCAGAAAGACCCUAUGAAGAGCUGCAGUGUGCGGUCGAAACGUCGCGAUCAAUAUCAAAGUGACAAUCGUGAGACAAACGAUAAAACUAAACCUUUUAUCAUUGCAUUUUUUCUCUCGUUUGACUUUGGCUGUGAAAAAAGAGAAGUUCUAAAGAAAACGGAGUUGUCGGUAUCACUUUUAAUAAGGUUUUACGCGAGGUAUGUUCAUCUUGUUUUAGCCUUCCAAACGGAAGCCAGCUAAAAAAAACAAAAAGAAGGGAAACAAGGUUUCGAAACAAUUCAAUCACACUACUUUCUGCAUUGAAUGAAAAGGGCUUUUGUUUUACAUCUUUCAUUGAAUUGUUAUUCAUGUUUUGGUUGUCAGUCAAAAAUUCUGCAUUGUGCUAGCGGCUUUUGUUUCUUUCGUAGACUGAGUUAUUCCAGCGAAGUUGCCUGAUUUUCCCCAAACUUGACAGACUCGUAACUCUCCUAGCAAUCAAUUCGAUUUCAACUUUCUGCUCUCAAUUUCAACUUUUUGCACUGUUUGGGAUUAAUUGACGUGCUCUCGACCAAUGAGCAUGCCAAAAUGUUUGCAUGUAUUUUAUUAGUAAUGGUUAUAGGACUGAGUGGAGUACAAUUCAAGGAGUAAUCGGGUGAGAAAUUUUUCAAGUCGGCCGAGCGCUUAAGGCCGAUCUGAAAUUACGAGUCCGAUUACUCCUGAAUUAAAUUACACGAAGUCCUAUCACCAAUUCUUUGUGUCAAUAACAAAAUGCGAGAAUCUCAGAUUAGAUAAAGAAGUUCCUACUCAUGCAAUCUAUUUAUUAAAUAGACAAUUAAAUAAUCUUUUCUUAAAAACCUUGAGGUCUGUUCGUUUGUAAAUGAGACAAAGAACCCUCAACCGAAAUUAAAUCUAGAGCGGUUCUGCCGUACAUCAAAGUUUUAUCUGAAACACUUAGUCGUUGCCUACAGCAGCAUGGCGUACGAUCUGUUUUCAAAUCCGACGCUACACUAAGAUUGCAGUUAGUACGACUUAAGGAUCCUGUGUAUCCACGAAAAUAAGAUUGACUUAUGUAUCAGAUUCCUUGUGAAUGCGGCAAAGUACAUAUUGGCGAAACUGGAAGGUGCAUGCAUGAACGGAUUAAGCAGCACGAUAGGGAUAUACUGCUUUCACGAACUCAAACUUCCGCCGUUUCUGAACACGUCAAUAAGAACGGGCAUUAUCCACUCUGGGACGAGGUUACGUUUAUUUACCGAGACCCUCACUGGUACUCUCGUAGAGUGAAGGAGGCUAUCCACAUAACACUUCACCCUAACAACCUGUAUCAAAAAGGACAACAUGUCAACCGAUCUCUACCACAGCGGACCGCUGAGGGAUCAGUUUCUUCCUCUCACAAUACUGACCAACGAUGCUUUGGACCGAAACCCACCAACCAUGAGCGAGGUUUGUGAUACACCAAUCACUAACAACCACAGUGGUACAAAUAGUGCGACUCAGUAAAUCGACACUAUCGCCUGAUGAAGAUCUGAAAUCGUGAGACAAACGACAAAACUAAACCCUUUAUACACAUUAUCCACGAUAAUUAAUAUCUUUCAUGAAAAAUGCUAUGAUCAUUCUAACUCACCUGAGACACAACUCCUGAAAGCUAACAAGAAGCUGUGGGAGCGUAUAUUUGGGCGUCGUUACACUAGGCGUAUGUGAAAUUUUUGUUAAAAGUGUAUUAGGGAUGUGUGAGUAGUGCAGUAGCAUUGUAUAAUUUACGGGUUGGUGGAAGGCAUGGAGUUAUAUUGGACGUGAAUUGGUAAGAUAAUGGCUGUAGUUUGUUAAUCAGUAAAACUGGUUUCUCAUAGAAUUUGAUAUAAAGUAAAAAAAAAUGUUUGGAAGGUAAAAGUGAUUUUAGGUGUUGCAGUGAGGUAGUUGUGGGAGACUGGGAGUGCUAAUUUGGUUAUGAAGAGAUACAGGGCGGGGGGGGGACCAACUUCCCAAACAUUCUCUCUUAAAAGAAAUCAAACGAUGUUCUCACAACUUGCAAGGCGAUCAUCAAGGGUCUUGCCAGCGGAUUUGUGUAGUGAUCACACGCAUUACGUCAUAAACUAAAGAUCAAAGGUUUUGAGAAGGAACAAAAUCAUGGUGGUCGAAGGCGGGGUUGUUUCUCACUAUUAUAUUUUGGUAAUUUGCAACUAAAUUGAUUUUAUAUAGUGUAUGUUUUGCUUCGAUUUUUUUCUUUUUAACUAUUUUCCUCCGCAGAGUUUGGAACAUGCAACCUAUAGCUGCGUAUAGCUAAAACAACCGCCGAAGAAUUAAGAUAUCGAUUAAUGUUUCGCCGAGAACCUAAGGAAAAGUAAGGUCGCUUCAAGGUACAGAGCUUUUAAUUUGUUUAUUCGGGUCGUUAGAAUUGUAACUUUGAAUUUAAGGUUUUGACUGAUCGGAAUAAAAGAAGUGAAAUAUUAUCACCGUUGUGAAGUGUGAAUCUGUUUAUUCAGGUAUGUAAGUUCAUAUUUAUAAAGCUCUCUUGAAUAGACUUAAUUUCGAUAAAUUUGACAAUUUCUCCAGUAAUUUUUAUCGGCAUCAUAUCUUCUAUAAUAUUCUCCUCACCCAGCAAAAUACCUAUAAUUUCGAUCAAUAGCCAAGCGCGUUGUUAUCGGUUAAGAAUCUACAAGGUUGCAAUGGGUGUAGCUUGCGUUUUGGAAUUUCCAUUCCAACGGAAAGAUAUUAUACGCGAGAAAAACAAAGAGGCAUGAUAUUAUUUUUUCAAGUAUUGAAUUAUUUUCUCUGCUGGUUCGCUUUUGUUUACUUUGAGAAAAAUACACUGCAGUUAUCCUCUGACCACCUCGGAAGGUGAGCGCUUUGCAUGUUGUGAGAACAUGGUUUCUCGUGGUCCCAGACCUCGUCUUCACCCUCCUCCCCCGUGGUAGUUACAGUCUGAUGUAAUGAAGUGGUGGUUGUGAAAGAUCUUAUCAAUAGUCGAAAACAUACUUGUACUCAUUUUAAAAGUUGUUAGGAUUUUUGUUUAGGAUUGUCUUUCGGCUAUUUUUGAUAAUAUUUGUAUCGAGAAAACGCCUACGUGGAUAAGGGAAACUUAAGAUCAUUUAAUUUGGAGAAGGGGGUAUGAAGAUGUUUGGGGGGACUGAAAUUUUGGGUGUGUGGGUUCGGGGAACUUUGAAACAUCGGUGAGGUCAAAGGGGCUUGGCUCUUCAUCGGUUUGUAAAAAAAAACUAAAAUUAAAAAAUAAAUAAACGAAUGAUAGCCUUACUUAUGAUUGAAGAUAAAUGUAACUUAGUUACAAUAGAUAAAAAGAAAAUUUAUAGCUAAGGGUUUUUUAAACUUAACACAGUAAAAUUCACGGAUAAAAAGCAACGUUUCGACCGAUCUUCAGUCAUUUUCAAGAAAGUAAAAAAUUAAAAGAAUUAGCAUAUAUAUGUGUAAGGUAUAAAAUGUAUUAAGAACUAUAAAAAAUGUUGAAAAUGUAAAAAAGUUAAGAAAAAGUUAAGUCAAACAGAACAACAAUAGAAUAUGAUUAGAAGAGCUAUUUAAAAACUUUUGCACGAGGUGUGUCUGAUUGUUGAGACCAGGUCUCAGGUCAUUAAAUUUCAAUGUACAAUCAGACACUUCAUGCAAAAGUUUUUUAAAUAGCUCUUUUAAUUAGAUUCUAUUGUUGUUCUUUUUCUGCAUGCUUUACUUUAUUCUUUUGUACAUUUUUAACAUUUUUUAUAGUUCUUAACAUAUUGUGUCGAUAGGUUUUGCCCUUCCAAGCACAAAUCGGGGAAAUAAGCGUUAAGAGAAUCCGAGCGACUUCGGCGUAAGAACAACAAGGGGAAAACUAACUCUGCAACUCGCUUGGCUAGCGGGAAAGGAACUCGUCACUAUUCCAAGGUACAGGAUCUGCUACAACUGGAAACAGGACAGGAAUCAAACUUGGACUUCAACAGUUUAAUCUUCAGCUCGUGAACGUAAAUCAUACAGUCAAGUAAAUCCGCAAUGUGCAUCGAAAAACAGGAAUAACAGUGCUCUAUUUAUACUAACCGAUCAACUUAUUACAACAUCACAAAACAAAUGGAAAGAAGGCUGAAUAAAAUCAGCUGAGCAGCGACAACAAAGCUGGAUAAAUUCAGUUUUAAGAAAACUUGUGUUUUUCUGGCACUAAUCAGAAGCCAGAACGGCGGCGACCGUUUGGAACUGGUCUGGUAAGACAUUGUCCCCAGGGGCUCUUCUAUCCGUCCUUUACUUUUCUUCGUGCCAUAUUUUCCCGCCCAUUUAGACUUUCCCUUGCCCCCACACUAUGCCCCUGGGUCUCUGAGGAUGGCAUCUUCCCAGAAAAAGUAAAAAGCUGAAGAUAUAUUAUGUUUUGGCUUAAUUUUACCCUUGGUUCAACUUUUAUUUUCCUCUUUGUUUAAACUCAUGUCAUUACCAUAUUCAAAAAAAGAGGAAAAUUUAAACCAAGGAUAAAUUGAUACUAUAACAUAUGCAAGAUACGCGAUUUUAAAACUACAAUCUGAAAUGUUGUACUCGACCUCCUUUCCCCUUUCCCCUCAAAGUUGGCCUCGAACUUGGACAAGUCCACCAAAAAACCAUUUCAAAACAACAUUGGGAGAGACAAAGACAGGUGUCAGAGCAGUGUGAUCAAAGUUGAGUGUCAUCGAUUGUAGCUUGCUGAUGGAAUAUUUUCUUUAAAGAUGCACAAUUGAGCUCAUUCAAAUUAGUAUUAAAUAAAUAUGUUUCUUGAAUACCAGAAUCCCACUUCAUUUGGCAACACCGAUGUCAUUCAUGUCUGUUGAAGCUACCUUAAAAUUUUAAGGAGCUCGUGUUUGGUGUUGAAUAUAGAGUGUCGGUUAGUGAGAAAGUUAAUUAGUUGUGACUGGGACUAAACCAUUAGGGACCUCACUGUGGAAAUCUUAAUCUGAGGCCACAGCUCUUUUACAACCAAAUGUGAAUUUUUGUGCAAGACACUCACUUCACCAGCAAAUGUGAUGAUCAGCUCAGCAUCGUCAUGAAUAAGUAAAUCUUUAAAAACGAAGUUAUCAACGCUGCUGUUUUCUUUGCAAGUGCAGCAAAGUUACUGCAUGUCAAACCAAACGGAAACUGAGUUUUAUUCGUCGACAAUAUAAUAGAGAAAUUAUAUACACAAAAAGUUUGAAUAAUAAAAUGUCAGUACGGCACGGUUUUUUGAACGAAUUUAGCUGGUGUUUAACAAAACCGCGUUCCAAGGUAUUUUCAUGCCCGAUUGGCUUGUGAACAGGACCCUCCGAAGGGCUAUGGAAGGAAGGUGUGUACCCUAAUACAGACAAGAAAUCGUCUAGAAUAUCUCAGUGCUUAAAACAAAUACUAGUAUAAGAUAGUUCAAACACGCCAUCAGAGCGGUUUAGACGUCCUUAACGGUCUCGCCCUAGCAUUAUUAGUUAUUCAAAAAGCGUUGUUUCGAUCGUCCUAAUCAUUGCGGCCUUUUUUCGCCUGUCGUGAAAAAUUAUGAUACCCAAAAUUGAAGGCAAGGCUGAUAGGACAGCCACGAAUGAGUGAUUUAUUUGCCCAAAAUUAGUUUUGCCUAACCGAAAUAUUGGGAAAAUAAAUAACCCAUCAACUGGGCGUUAUUUUAUUAUAUUGCUGAUCCGCCUGAUCUAGUCCAGGAUCCGGCUUUCCCUCGCUACAGUUUGUCCACAGUGAUCCUUUCUAGAACUGUUCGCUAAAAAUUAUGAUGUUUCAUUAGGGUUUUCCGAUUUAGCGGAAGUUUGAGCCAUUUUUCCGAGAUGUGAAAUUGAUUCCAUUAUACUGUAAAAGGUCAUCUCGAUUUUUUUCGUUAUAAGUAAAUUUUUGCAUGAUGUCAUUGUGUAUGCAAAAUAUCUGGCUCGUAAAAGGAUAAAUGAGCACAAACAUGCUUGGUAAUUUUUUUUUUUUUUACAACAAGAGGAUUCGUUUGCAGUAUUUGCGUCUAGCAGUCGCAUUUGGCCGAUACGCAUAUGCUGCAAAUAAAUUCACCCCCGGUGCUAACGGUUUUUAAAAGUCGUUUAAAAAAGAUAAGGCGUAUACGCUAACAAGGGAAAAAGUAAACAAUCCUACUUUUGUUUACUGAAUGAUAUCCUGGGCAGGGAGGGAGUCUCUCACGAUAUCUCAUUUUUCUUCAUUAACCUGCGAUCAGGCGGACCUUAGAUUUUCCCGUUUUCUUUGGGAGGCUUGAUCGAAGGUUAUUUUUAUAUUUGCUACGUCAAACGUAAAUAGGAAUCGUUUUCAUUGUCUCAUCGAGUGCCAUAUAAAUACGAUAAUCAUGAGAAACAGAAAAGGAACAUUAUUUUAUAUCAUUCUCCUCUCCCACAAAUUGGGAAAGACGGCGGAAAGUCUCCAGGCAUCGUAUCUCGCAAUUUCGUCUGCUUGUGGAUAUCUAAUGGACUCUAUGCAUUUUGUGGGUAGCUAGGGUGAGGGUUGAAAACUAUGGAAAAAGCUCAGUAAAUUAUACAAAGGGCAGAAUGUGCAAUCAUAGUUAUUGGUGCAAUGAGUUGCCACUAAGUUGCGGGAUUGCAGAAGAAAGCCUCAUGUAUGACAACUUUUUAAAUAACAAAAGAAUAAGCAGCACAUAUGUUACAUGCUUAUUCUUUUGAAAAACACACAUUUCAAGCUCGUUCAAAAUGGAGGUUUAAACAAAUUAGGCUGAAUGCCUGCUUAGUUUUGAUGGUAGAAAGAAUAGGGUGAAAACCUUCUUCCCACGUAUACGCUCCGUAUAAAAACCCAGCAUUAGAAACAUCAUCGCUUUUCAUACUUCUACACCUUUGUUUCUGAGAGUGCAAAGCGCGAAUUUCACCGUGUAUUGUGAUUUUUGCUUGCAAUAUUUACGUGCCGUGAUUUGUUGGGCCUGAAAAGGAAUAUUUCAAUUUUUCUUGUCUUUUUCAGACUCAGACUCUAAAGAGUUGGCCAUGGAAAUUACUUCCUUGAAUCCUGAUUUUCUUGGUGAAUCGAAUUAUAUGUAACUUUUCAAGAAUAAUAUAAAGUUGAGCGCUACAUUUGGUCUCGUGAAGUGCAAGUUAUAAACAACUCAGCAAUUUACUUACAUAUGGUCGGCGUUAAAUGAAUUUCAUGUACAGAAAGGCUAGAAAUUGAACUCAUUUGAAACUGGCUAGUUCCACUUCCGCAGAACUUCCGCUAAAUCGGAAAACCCUAUUUACAGUCAGCAUUUCUGACGCUCGUUGAUAAUUGAAAAUGGUACUGAUUAUGAUUAUGACAAACAAUCGGAAAUGAGGCAUCGGUGACAGGGCAUGUCUUAGACUCCCCUUCGUAUUUUUCGUUCUUAUGACAUGUCGUCACCCAACGACAUAAUUUUCUUUAUCUCGUUACUCCAAAAAAAUUGAAAGUCAAAAGGAUAAUUUUAAGAAAACGGCUAAGGAUGUUUUGAAUAUCAAUAUUAUUAUCGAUUUUUUUUUACACGUGUCAAAAAAACAUCCCGAUAAAUGUAACAUUCAAAACUUUUUAUUCUUUCUUUUUAUUUUCAUUGGAGGAAAAAAAGGAACAAUAGAGUAAACUCAAACGUAAUCUAUCAAAUUUUCGCCUUGGCAUGAUUUAUCAGGCAAUUUAAAUCGGAAAUGUGAGGACAUGAUAUUACUAUAAGAGGCACCUAACAUUCUCUCUUUAACUCUUUCUGCUCCGUUGACAGGUGAACUUAAAACUGUUUCUUUAUACCCAUACGAUUGGAGAGAGAUCACACUAGAUGAAGUGCUACAGCGAGCAUUAAGAGGGCUGUUGGUGACUGAGCAAGACAUUAUUCAUUAGGUCAAACAACCAUUGAAGGAAAUUUGAAUAUACAGUACAUGUAUACAACACCGCCAAGUUGCAUAUCAAUAUCACCAGCAUCAUUGUUGAAAGAAGACAAAAAAAAAGAUAAGAAAAAGAAAAGACGCAGUUGGGUGUGUUACCAGCUGAACGUUACGAAUACUUUAAUUGACUUGAACUAUAACGUUGCAGUGGUGUGAUAUCGCAAUGUGUCGCGGAUACUGAUGAGAUAGAGUAAGGAAAAUGUUGGCAAACCACGUGGCGAUCAUCUUCGUUGUUGUCUAUGUAGUGGAGGUUGCAUUGAUCAUCCUUGGAAACGCCUUCACCAUCUUUGUUUUCUCAACUUUGACUCGGACAUCGCACAUAAAAAGAACUUGUUAUCUCUUGAUAAAUCUGGCCGUUGCUGACCUAUUUGUGGGUAUUACAGAGCCCAUAAUUCUAGGGACGAGCAAGUUCCAUAAAAUGACGGCGACAACGUCAAACCUGAAGCCCCUGAAGGCAAGAAGAGAACCUGAUCUACCAGGAGCAAUGCAACUUUUUGCAUUAAGUGUAUCAGUGUUUUUUCUGGCCCUCAUUUCGCUCGAGCGCGCUUUUGCCGUGUUAAAACCGUUGCGUCAUCGUGUUGCUAGCACUCGCAUUUACAUCUACAGUAUUGUCGUCGUAUGGGCCGUAAGAAUUUUCAUAUUUGGUCUGUUGGCUCUUAUCUAUCAUAUCGACCAAAAGAUGGAGAUGAAGACUCUUCAUGUUGCUGUACAUUUGUGCCUUUUCAUUCCUCUUCUGGUGAUUUGUGCGAGCUACCUCAAAAUACGAGCACGAUUGAGCAGCACUGCACCCGAAGUAGCCGUUGUCAACAUCCGUCAAACCACUAAGCACAACGCACGACUUUCAAGGACUCUCUUCGUGGUGAUCGCUUUGUCGCUUCUGUUUUGGCUGCCAGCGGUUGCUCUUUACACAGGUAUGCACAUCUGCCACUGUAGUUUUCACCCAUACAUGAUGUGGACAGUCAAUGCUUUACUUCUUGCCAAUUCUUUGGUUAACCCAUUCGUGUACAGCUUUAGGAUGCCGGUAUUCAAAGAAGCGUUGGAGAAAUUGUGGUUGAGAAAG